AGUUUGGGUGUAAUUCUCUACAUACUUGUUUGUGGAUCAUUCCCGUUCCCCGGUGAAUCAUUGGGCGAUAUUCGCAGUCAAGUGCUUCGUGGUCUGGUACGUUUCCCGUUCUUCCUCUCCACCACAUGUGAACAAGUGAUCCGGUGCAUGCUUCAAGUUGAUCCGGCUAGACGUUUCAAACUCCGCCAGGUGAUUGCAACCCAAUGGAUGCAAGCUUCACCAAAUGUGGAGCACUAUCGAGCCAUGAUGACUCGAUACGAGACAAAAGCGAAAGAACGCCAAUUUGACGAACUGUUCCGCAGUCAAUAUCCGGAGCAUAGUGAAUUGGCCCGGGCGCAUCAGGCGGAGCAGGCACAGAAUCAAUUGGAUUGUGGUGUGUUACGCGCGCUGGCUGUGGGUGUUGGAUUUGACGAAGAGCAGAUCCGAUUCUCCAGUUUACAAAACAAAUGUGAUCGGUGGCAUGCGGCGUAUCAAUUGCUCUGCUCAAAAAUCCGACGUUUUCGAUCGGAUCCGCAUCUGUGCCAAUAUGUAGACGAAGCGAUGCGCCCGACUACAAUGUCCGCACAUAAUCGGCGGCGCCGGAGCAGUCUGUUGAAUGCAUGGCGUUCCACUGCAGGACAGUCAGUUACACCGUCCACCGUGAGCGCGUUGGGUUUGGGCCAUUCAGGGACUCCAGAUUCACUACUGGGCUCUGCGGAAACUGACGGAACUUGUCUGCGGCGCACAACUCAACUGGCUACCGUACCGGACGUGAUGGACGAGGUCAUGGCUGAGGUGGAGGCUGAACGGGCAGAUGAAGCAAAAGCACAACGUGUUAAUGCUACCGAAUGGGCACCGACAGCUCCCACAAUAAGUUCACAGUUGACAGGUACUAACUCGGAUAAGGUGUGCGCAACCACCAGGGUAGGACAUUGGAAGGAUCCGCAACAGCCGAACAGUACAGAUUUCAAUGUGGCCUUGUUCAUAUUGAAGGCUGAUGAGGACCUCAUCUUAUCUCAACUUGGUCUCGCUCCAACUACUUCCAUCAAUCUGAAUGGGAUAUCCUCCGUUCGUCGUCAUACGGUUCAGUUGGUAGCCUCACCACUUACAGCGUUCCGACCCGUGCCACCUACGGAGGCCCUAGUUCAACCACCGAACAUUAAGUCUGAUUCGAAUUCCCGGGCUACCGGGACAGACCAUCCAAGGGCCGAUGGUGAGACCAUUGCGGGCUCUGGCCCGACGCCGUUGGAUGUUCAGCAAACAACUGAAGGUGGUGUGCGCGUAGAUGACUCCGAGGUUACCGGAGCCAGAUUGAUGGAGCUUUCUGGUCAACGGGUAAUGACACAUCGCUUCCCCAGACAGACGACCCAACCACAUAUCGGGGCGUUUCAACAGUUGAAGAACAAGGCGUUUCAACCGGAGCAACUCAUACGGGUGCGUUCCUCAUUUGGUCUGAAAUUUGUCAGCCAAAUUGGACUACCCUGGACUGGCUACCUAGUCCUUGGGGUUCUAGUUUUNNNGAAUCGAACCAAUAAAAAUACCGGUGAAGCUGGCAACACAAGGUCUUCAACCGGACUUUGUGCAAAAGCGUUACCCUCUUUGGAACUCGGUGAUGAGGCGUCUACUGCUAGCAAACCGCCAGCCGAAACGCGGCGUGUUCGCCCUGGUCUACAGCGUCGAAACUCUGUGCAGGAAUACGAAGAUGAGUUAGAUCCACCGUGUCUGACGACCCAACAAUCUUCUGCACCAGCUGAAUCGGACAGUGAAGAUGAAUUGGCUCGACUUCAAGCUACUGAGAAGCACAUUCUUACACAGAGUACGUUGGACAAUACACCGGCAUUUGUGGCAAAUGCUGGCCAACUCGGAUAUGGUGAGCAAAUUUUCGUUCGCGAAUUACCAUAUUCCCCUUAUUGUCUAGGUCUUUUAUUAUUGUCAUUAAGCUUCGAAACUUGA